AUGGGCCUGGUCGAGUACUCGGACUCUGAUUCCGACAGCGAGCCGCGAACCACCUCGCCGCCGCCCCCCGCCGCCCCCGCCGCACCCGCCGCCGCACCGCAGCCUGCCGAGAAGCAAAGCUUCCAGAAGCUCGUCGACAAGUCCAACCCAGGCAGAAUCCGCGUCAAUCUCCCUUCCGUGUCCGCCGGGCCAGAGGACGCGACAACCAUCCAAGCCCCAGCCGCGAAACGGCUCAAGACGGGCGGCAGCAGAUUCAGCGGCUUCGCCUCGUCCCUGCCGCCGCCCAAGGCCGCAAAGCCCUACUUCGCAGGUGGAAGCAGCGGCAAACCCACACCGAGGGUCGGUGCGGGCUUGAAGACAAGUGGCGAGGCGGCGUUCAGCAGGGAUACAGGUGUUGGCCGCGGCCAUGGCAUCUCUGCGACAGAAGGACCGGGCUCAUUCCUGGACCUGACAACAGCCGUACCUGCCGCGCCGGCACAGCCGUCUAUACCGCAUGGGCAGAAAUCCGAGCACGAGGUCAAGCUGGUUGGGGAGGCCCUGGUGUUCAAGCCACUGUCUGUAGCCAGGAAGCCCAGCAAGAAAGUCGGAGGGCCGAAGAAGGCCGCGGCAGAGCAGCCCGCCCAUGCAGGAACCCCUGGGCUGCCCACCAGACAAGAUUCGGCGGCGGCGGUCCCGCAGGCCAAGAAGAAGAAAGUGUCCUUGUUUUCGGUACAAGACGAUGCACAUGGCACCGGGCCGCUCCCGGAGGAUAGCAACCAGUACGAGGCCGCGAUGUGCGGUCAUGGUCCAAGCACGUUCCCAGGAGAAGGCGUCCUAGGUGAGCAUGCCAGCCAGCAGAAUGGCGCGGGCCACUCACAGCCACCGGUGCAACCACCGGGCCAUGCAGAGCCGGCCUCGCUCGACUCCAUCGCGGACGACCUGAACCUCGACCCAACAGCACGGCGGGAACUCUUCGGCCGCGGUGGCGCGCCGAGCAUGGCAACAGCCAAGUCCGUCAUCAACUUCAACCUGGACCAGGAAUACCAGCACAACGAGAGGCUUCGGCAAUCCGGCGCGCUGGACCAGCAACAACAUAAUCCGCUGCGCGCCAUCAAGCCUGGCAAGCACAGCCUACAACAGCUGGUCAACCAGGUGCAGAGCCAACGGGACGCGCUAGAGGAGAGUUUUGCCAAGAACCGGGCGACACAGAAGCAGUCUGGGGCCAAAUACGGAUUCUAG